UCCUCCCCACCACCUUAUCCGUGAUCUCCGGCGUCGUCUCGCGCUUUCCUUUUGUUUGAAUUACAUUUCGAAAUUUGUAGCUUUUAUUUUUGUUUUUUUUCUCGCUCUACUUUGAUUCGUGCAAUGUAGCUCGCGAUCUCGGUUGUUUUUCGCGAUCGGAUCUUCGUCUCCUCUAGGAUAGAGCUGUUUUGGGGUUUGGAAAAAGAGAAACUCUAGAUCCCCGAUCGGGAUUCUAGGGUUUAAGCUCCGAUAACGAUCGCGUUCGCGUUAGGAGGUUUUGAUAGAUCUCGAUUUCUAUGGCAGUUGAAUCAAGGGAUGCUUACGGGUUCGCGGUGCGCCCUCAACACUUGCAGAGAUACCGCGAGUAUGCGAACAUCUACAAGGAGGAAGAGGAGGAGAGAUCGGAUAGAUGGAAGAGCUUUCUGGAUCGUCAAGCCGAGUUUGCGCGGCAGCUACACCCAGAUAACUCUCUUGUACUUGAAGGUAAAAUUGCGCCACCUUCGAAGGAAGGGGGAUUAAUAGGGGAAGAUUGUAAUCAUAAUGAAGUCAAUAAGAUUAACAGCAAAGAGGAGAAUGGAGUGCAGAGGGAGACAGCGGCGAAGGAGGCUAGAGUACAUAAAAUACAAAUAUGGGCUCAAAUUAGGCCUUCUCUUGGUUACAUAGAGCAGACGAUGAGCCUUCGAGUGAAGAAAAAGAAAGAUUUCUCGGACAAUGUGCUGGACGUAGUGGGGAAUGGAACCCAUCUUCAAUCGAUCGAGGAGGCCGAGCCCACGGAGGAAUCGGACGAUGAGUUUUAUGAUGUGGAGAAAAAUGACACAGUUCAAGAUUUGCCCUCGAGUGAUGGCGGCGGCAAUGCAGAGUUCAAUUCAAGUCUGGCUAAUGGCGCAAGCGAAGACGUCUUCAACCCCUGGAAGGAAGAGGUGGAAAAUCUGGUCCGAGGUGGACUUCCGAUGGCUUUUAGAGGAGAGUUGUGGCAAGCCUUUGUGGGUGUUCGAGCUCGUAGGGUGGAAGGAUACUAUGAGUGUAUGCUUGCCCAAGAAGGUAACGGAGAAGAUAUCAGAAAUAUUGAUGCUUUUGCUUCAGAUGUGACUAAUGAUGAAACAAAAGCGUGUAAUGGAGUCGCAUCUGAGAAAUGGAAAGGGCAGAUAGAGAAGGAUUUGCCUAGAACAUUUCCAGGACAUCCUGCUUUAGAUGAGGAUGGGAGAAAUGCUUUGAGAAGGUUGCUUACAGCGUAUGCUCGGCAUAACCCAUCUGUUGGGUAUUGCCAGGCAAUGAAUUUCUUUGCUGCUUUAUUUCUGCUGCUUAUGCCCGAGGAGAAUGCAUUUUGGACUUUAACAGGUAUCAUUGAUGACUAUUUUGAUGGCUAUUUCUCUGAGGAAAUGAUUGAAUGCCAGGUGGAUCAACUUGUUCUAGAAGAUUUAGUUCGUGAAAGAUUCCAAAAACUAGGUAUCUGCAGAUUGACAUUCUAUCUUAAUAUUACUACUUCAAUACAUCUUUGUCAUGUUGUUAUCUUCGUGAGGUUUUUUUUAAUCUUUUUCUUUUAUGUAGUAAAUCACCUGGAUUACUUAGGAGUGCAAAUCGCAUGGGUUGCAGGACCUUGGUUCCUUUCCAUAUUCAUGAAUAUGCUUCCAUGGGAAAGUGUUCUUCGUGUAUGGGAUGUGCUUUUGUAUGAUGGAAAUCGUGUGAUGCUCUUCCGAACGGCACUUGCUUUAAUGGAGUUAUAUGGUCCUGCAAUUGUGACUACAAAAGAUGCCGGAGAUGCAGUUACUCUAUUGCAGUCAUUAACUAGCUCUACUUUCGACAGUAGCCAGCUAGUCUUGACAGCUUGCAUGGGAUAUCAAGCAGUAAAUGAAACGAAACUGCAAGAGUUAAGGAAUAAGCAUAGACCAUCUGUUAUAGCUGCAAUGGAGGAAAGGGCAAGAGGUCUUAGGGUUUGGAAGGAUUCAAAAGGCCUUGCAUCGAAGCUGUAUAGCUUCAAACAUGAUCCUCAACUACUUGUAUCAAAAGCAAAUUUGAAGGAACAAUUGAGUGAUUCAGAAAAUAUUGAUGAAAUGCUUUGUAGCCUUAAGGGUGAUUGUGAGUUGGAUUUGCCUGAUCUCAACGAACAGGUGAUGUGGUUGAAGGUUGAAUUGUGCAAGCUGCUGGAGGAGAAAAGAUCAGCUGUUGUCAGAGCCGAGGAGCUAGAGACAGCAUUGAUGGAGAUGGUUAAACAAGAUAACAGGCGCCAAUUAAGUGCAAAGGUUGAGCGGUUGGAGCAAGAGGUAUCGGAGCUGCAUAGGGCACUAGCAGACAAGAACGAGCAAGAACGUGCCGUGCUACAGGUCUUAAUGCGAGUAGAACAAGAACAGAAGGUGACGGAAGAUGCUCGCAGAGUUGCUGAGCAAGAUGCUGCUGCUCAGAAAUGUGCCACCCAUGCAGUUCAGGAAAAAUAUGAAGAGGCUAUGGCUUUACUUGCACAAAUGGAGAAUAGGGCAGUUAUGGCGGAAACAAUGUUGGAGGCCACAUUACAGUACCAGGCUAGCCAACUCAAAUUACAGCAGCAUUCAUCUUCUUCUCCGCGAACUCCUACCUCGCCUAGUCCAUCUACACAAACAAAUCAAGAGUCAUAUCAGGAUAUCACACCCAGAAAAAUAAGUUUGCUCUCCAAACCAUUUGGAUUUGGCUGGCGCGAGAACAAGAAGGACAAACCUAGCAGUCCUUCCGACUCUACAAAUGGCAAGGAACUUAGUAAUGGAAACAAUGAGAGGCAGAUCAGCUUAAUGCCCGAUAAAGAUAUGAAUGGGCACCAAGAGAUGUUGCAAUAGUGUAUAUAUGGGUUGAACAACGGCGGCUCCAGUUGUAAGAGGUCAACCGUGCGCCUUAUUUAUUCAUUUUUCCUUUUUUUUUUUGGUUUAAAUUUGGUUCCUUUCCUUUCUUUUAUUUCAUGGUUAAUUGGUUUUCUACGCUCAAGCAGUUUCUGUGUAAUGCCUUUAGAGAAACAAUUUUAUUGUUUGAUCUAAGUAAAUAUAAUUAACAGAUAAAGGCCAAAACGAUGGACUUUAUUGCAUAGCUUUGAUUGAAGUAGAAUAUUUCCACAAUUUCAUA